GGGAAUGUCUGGAUCCUGCUCAGUGGGACUUGUAUAGAGAUGUGAUGUUGGAGAAUUACAGAAACCUUGUUUACCUGGGUCUUGUCUCCACGCCAUACCUGGUCACAUUUCUGGAGCAAAGUGAGUCUUGGAGUGUGAAGAAACGUGGAACUGUAGCCAUGUGUCCAGAUACAAAACCUUAUAAAUGUAUGGAAUGUGGCAAGGCCUUUGAUCGGAAUUCAGUCCUCAUUUGGCACCAGAAAAUUCAUUGUAGAGAGAAACUCUACAUAUGUGAAGAAUGUGGCAAGAGCUUCAAUGUUCACUCAAGAUUGUCUAAACACAGAAUCACUCACACUGGAGAGAAGCCCUACAAAUGCUCAGAGUGUGGCAAAGCUUUCAGCUGUACUUCCAAGCUCAAUCAGCACCAGAAGAUCCACACUGGAGAGAAGCCCUUCAAGUGUGCAGACUGUGGGACCUUUAUUAGCUGCUUAGCCCUGACUCAACACCAAAGAAUUCACACUGGAGAGAAACCCUACAGAUGUGAAGCGUGCGGCAAGGCCUUCAGUUUCCACACAUCCCUUUCUAAACACCACAUAAUUCACACUGGAGAGAAGCCUUACACAUGUGGAGAGUGUGGCAAGGCCUUUAAUGUUUGUGCAACACUUACCAAACACCAGAGAAUUCACACUGGAGAAAAACCACACAAAUGUGAAGAUUGUGGAAAAGCUUUCAAAUGUUCAUCAGGCCUUGGCCAACACCAAAAACUCCAUACUGGGGAGAAACCUUACAAGUGUGAGGAGUGCGGUCAGGCCUUUAGCUGCUCAUUGUGCCCCAAUAAGCAUCAGAGAAUUCAUUCUGGAGAGAAGCCCUUCAAAUGCAAAGAAUGUGGCAAAGCCUUUCACUGCUCCUCAAACCUGAAUUACCAUCAAAGACUUCACACUGGGGAGAAGCACUACAAAUGUGAAGAGUGCACCAAAGCCUUCACUGUUUGCUCAACAUUAAAUUGAAACCAGAGAAUUCAUAUAGGAGAGAAACCCUAUAAAUGCAAAGACUGUGGCAAAGCUUUCAAUCAUUUUUCAAACCCCAUUCAACACCAAACCAUCCACACAGGAGAAAAGCCCUACAUGUGCAAAGAGUGUGGCAAGGCCUUUAACCACUCCACAAGACUGACCCAGCACCUGAGAAUCCAUUCUGGAGAGAAACUGUAGAAGUGCAGUGAAUGUGGCAAGGCUUUUAACUCUUCUUCAUACUUUCAUUAUCACCACAGGGUUCACACAGGGGAGAGGCCAUACAAAUGUGAGGAAUGUGGCGAAGCCUUUAAUAAUUGCUCUGCCUUUAUUCAGCACCACAGAAUUCAUACUAGACAAAAACCUUAG